GGCCUGUCCGGAGCCAGGGAUUCUUAGCCCCCUCUCCAGCGUCGCAGGUCUGACCGCCGCCGUGGUCAGUUGCUUCGCAGCUGCUGGGGACUGAGGGCCGCGGUUUGAUUGUUGUGUUCAUAUAGGAGGUUGUGGCCAAGUACUGCACCAGGGUGGCCAAUCCUGCUCUGGUGAGAGAGUGCGUUACCGGUUCUGGUCACCAGGAUCAGGCCGCACUCCAGGCCUGUUUGUGCAAUUUUCUCAACACAUACGUUUUUUUUUUGUAUUUUCCGGUGGAGAAUUGUGCGGCACCGGGAUUUGAAUCACGGUCCUCUUGCACGGGAGGCGGAUACUCUACCGUCCCCGCAGGAGCUAAAUUAAAAAAUAAAUUAUGGGGUUUUACGUGACAAAACCACUUUCUGAUUUUGAGGCACGCCGUAUUGGAGGACUCCGGAAAUUUCGACCACCUGGGGUUCUUUAACGUGCACCUAAAUCUAAGUACACGGGUGUUUUCGCAUUUCGCCCCCAUCGAAAUGCGGCCGCCGUGGCCGGGAUCCGAUCCCGCGACCUCGUGCUCAGCAGUCUAACACCAUAGCCACUGAGUAACCACGGCGGGUCCCGCAGGAGUUGUGCGCCUCAUUUAACCUACAGUGGUGCCCUAUUUGAUCAGUCAAGGUGGACCAAUCUGAGCUCGGUUAUACCGCACGUAUGGCACUCGGCUAGAGAACCUGGUAUUUAUGACCUGCACAUGUGUGGCCAUACAUAAUAGAAUAUAUAUAUCUUUCUUUUUUUUACUUUAGGAGGGUUCUCGUACAGUGAUAAAAUAAAGAAAAAGACAUUAAAAAGAAAGAAAAAAAAAGAAAGAAAGAAAGGGAAAAAAAAGGAUCAUGACAGGUGAUUUGAACUCGUGACCCUUGGAUGUUGCCCGGAAAGAUAGCUUCCGGCCACGGUCGUGAAAGGACGCAGGAUGGCUGGCUCUUCGCGAGCAGUGAUAACGGCCGAUUCUGGCCGCGGAACAUCGUUUUUGGACGGCCUGAAAGAUUACAGGAUUGUACUGCCGCCGCUGCCAACCGGAGAAGGACUGAAAACAAUGGUUGUUCUUCACUGCGACACCGCUGGAAGGCCUUACAGGAUAGAAGAUUUCCGCCAGCCGAUGAAAGAAGCCGGCGUCAUUGAACAGGUGGGCGGUAUCGGAGCGUACCAGAUGUCGCACGUCUGGUUAGUCAACUUCCGUAGUGAAGAAGCCAAGAAAAAGUUGCUCGACAUCGGGCAUAUUGUUGUUAAAGGGAAGACUUGCGUUGUCUUUGACCCUGAAAGGCAGGAAGUGCGGCUGAAGGUGCAUUGGUGUGCCUUCAACGUCAGCAACGAAACUCUGAGGCGGGCGUUCGCCGAGUACGGCGAAGUGAAAGAAGUUUCGAGCGAUAGAUGGAAGACCGGCGGGUUUGAAAACGCCGACUCGACUACUCGUGUUGUGAGGCUGGUUCUUCGAGAAGGUGCAAGCCUCGAGCGCAUACCCCAUCAGCUGCGUAUCGGGAACGGUACAGUAUUAGUCGUCGUGCCCGGGCGUGCGCCGAUAUGUCUCCGCUGCCGCAACACAGGCCACAUUAGGCGGGACUGCAAGGUGCCCAAGUGCAGCGAGUGCCACGCCUUCGGGCAUGAAGAGGCUGAAUGCACGAAGUCAUACGCCCGCGCCGCGACUCGAGGAACAUUCGGCGAUAAUAGUGAGCUGCACAUGGACGAGGAUGAAGCUGAGCAAGCUGCCUCCAACCCAGUGGUCGAGAGCCCAACGGCCGCAGCGCUGAGCGAUGAAAAGGAAGGCGCCAUGCCAGGGACUCGUGAGUCAGCGCCCAGCACCCCCAAGUCGGCAACCACGAGCAUGGAUACCAAUUCACCGCAAGAUAUUCCACGCCCUUCUGAAAAAAGCAACGAGGAACCCAUGGAGUCUGACCCUGCGGCUGCGAAACGACGCCACGACGAUGUCAGUGCAAUAAGCCAGGAGCAACGACUGCGUCUCCUAGAACGCCAGUGGGGCGUAGGCGAAGGGAAAAAGCAGCGCGUCACCAGCGGUCUACGAUCGUCGUCGCUUCCUCGCGACGACAACCCGAAGACCUAA